AUGAAAGCGGGCUCCGCCAGCAGUCGCGGAGCGGGGCGGUUGUGGACGGCAGCGGGGUCGUCGCCGCAGGGAUCCAUGCGAGGCAUCGGCGACUCGUCGCUGGCGUCGCGUUCGCGAAAGAGCAAGAAGAGUCGCUCGCUCGUGAGGCGGCUGCUGAAAUGCCGCUUCCAGACCUUCAUCCUCUGCGUCGUUCUGGUGGUGCUGUGCAGUGCGCUCGUCUUCCUCUUCGUGGUGGACAAGUUCCCCUUCUCCAUGGGGGCCAAAGAGGCCGCUGCCGCUGCUGCAGACGACCUAUCCACGUCAGCAGCGGAAACGAAGCCAUCCCACGUGGCAAUGGAUCUGAGCGCGCACGGCAAGCAGCAAGAGACGGUCAGGAUGAUCACUGGGGAAGGGGACGGCAUAGCGGUGGACGGUAAGGGCUCCAAGGGCGGCAAGGGCGGCAAGGGCGGCGGCAAAGGUGGUGGUAAAGGCGGCAAGGGGAAGGCAGAUCCCAAGCAGGCAGCGUCGGGGAAAGACGCUAAAGAUGGAAAAGAUGCUAAAGGGGCCAAGGGUGGGAAAGGCGGGAAGGAGACAGGGAAGCCUGGUGCUGGCGGUGGUAAGACGAGUCACCCUACCACAGGUGCUAAGCCGGGGAACCCUAAGCAGCAGCAGAAGCCGGGUGUUGCUGCUAAGGGAAAGGGGCAUCCUGCAGGGAAGCAGCAGGGGAAGACCCCGGGAGGGAAGGCACCUCAUGGGAAAUCGCCGGGGGGGAAGGCGCCAGGAGGAAAGGGCGCAGGUGGGAAAGCAGGGGGGGUGAGACCUGGUUCGGGGAAGCAAGCAGGGAAGGUGCAAGCAGGGAAGGUGCAGGCAGGUGCAGGUGCAGGGAAGAAUGUUGCUGCACAUGCAGGGGGGAAGGGGGCAGUGGUGGUGCCAAAGGGAAAGGUGCACCCAGCACCGAGGCAAGACAAGGCGGGAGGAGCAAAGGGUAAAGGUGGGGUUGCGGCAGGGAAGCAGGGUGGGAAGGGGAAAGGAGCAGUGCCGGCUGGUGGGAAUUUAAGAGGGGUUACUGCCGAUCCCAAGAAGGGAGGCAAAGCAAAACUACAAGCCCUAGUUUACCCUUCAGUGUACGCGUUAGAACAUCGUUCCGCCUUCGCAACCUCACAGAAGGCGGCUGCUCCUCUUCCUCCUCUCACCAACAGCCCGUUCCGCCGAGUUUCUAGCCUCAUUCGCAAGUCGGAAUUUCCUGCUUUUCGAGAGCUCGUCGCCAUGGCCAAGGGCAAGGGCGGGGCGAUCCUGGUGAAGCUGCUGUCGGCGGCGGGGACGGGCUUUUUCUACGUGACCAAGAAGAACCCGCGCAACCUGCCGCACAAGCUCGAGUUCAGAAAGUACGACCCGCGCGUUCAGAAGCACGUGCUCUUCACCGAGACUAAGCUCCGUCGUUCUUUGCUAACACGAUCCUUCACACUGCUGCUCUUCUUCACGCCGCUCGCGGACAUCCCGGAUCUGCAGGUCGUUCCGCAUCCGCCGCUGCUCUGCAAGGCGUGCGCCGCCGCGCUCAACCCGUACUGCGCGCUGCACUGCGGCACGCGCUCGUGGGCGUGCGCGCUCUGCCAGCAGAGGAACGUGUUUCCACCCAACUACCGCGACGUGAGCGAGACGAAUCUGCCCAUGGAGCUCUCGCCCAGCCUCAGCACCAUCGAGUUCCUCCUACCCCACGCCGCCACUCCGCAGCCCGCAUUUCUUUUUGUACUGGACACGUGUGUACCACCUGACGAGCUACAUCACGCCAAGGCCGCGCUGCUGCAGCUGCUGCCACUGCUACCAGUCACCUGCCCCGUGGGUCUCAUCACAGUGGGUGCACAGGUGGCCGUGCACGAACUCUCCCACUCCCUCCCUCACUCACUCCCUCACUCGCUCCCUCACUCGCUCCCGCGCUCACAAGCCGGCCCACUGUCGUCGCGUGUCGUGCUGCUACCAGGCGACAAAGACCUCCCUCCCAGCAAGAUAAAGCACCUCCUGGGUCUGGGGUUGCUUCAGCCUCACCCACCGUCUGCACCAUCUAAUACCGCACCCAGCAGCGGCCAUACCCCUGCAAUGCACACCACCACCCACGCCAAAGGUCCCUUUACUGGCAAGCCGUCCUCUCCCAAGGGCCCUCUUUCUUCGAGAUCCUCUUCCUCCUCUCAUUCCUCAUCUGCCCGCGUGUCAGCGUCACCACCACCACUACUACCACCGCCAGCAUCAUUGCUGUCCACGUCAGCAGAAUCAGUGUCGUCGUCGCCGCCCCCGCCGUCGCUGGUGCUGGGCGGCAGAGGGGCGGCGGAUGGGCGGUACCUGGUGCCUCUGGUGGAGGGAGAGGGCGUGCUGAGGAGGGUGAUAGCGGCGCUACAGUCGGACUCACAGCCGUUGGUGCCAGGGGUGAGGCCGCGCCGAGCCAUAGGCGCAGCUUUGGCAGCCGCCGUGGCUGUGAUGGAGGCUCGGGACGAGCAAGGGGCGGCAGAAGAGGGAGGGAGGGCGGCGGAUGGGACAGGACGGGCUGCCUGGGAGAAGAGGGGAGCAGCAGAGGAGUGGGGAGUGGGGGAAGCAGACCGUGCCACGCGUUUCUACACUCAGCUGGGCGAGCGAGCAGCAGAGGUAUCAGCAGCCAUAGACGUGUUUGCAUGUGCGGCGGACCAAGUGGGGGUGGCGGAGAUGAGGGGCGCCAUUGAGGCGACAAGUGGCACGCUCGUAUUGGCCGACUCGUUUGAGUCAGACAUCUUUGCCAAAUCGCUGUACAAGCUGUUCCAACGGUCCCAUGAGGGCCCUCUGCUAGCCGCCACAGACGGGGUAGUGGAGGUGAAGCUCCCCAAGGAGAUCAAGGUGAUGGGGGCGGUGGGGGCGUGUGGCAACCUGUGGAGCAGGGCGGAGAGUGUGAGCGAGCACGAGGUGGGGCAGGGGGGCACGGCUGCCUGGCGCCUCUGCUCCCUCUCCCCCCGCUCCUCCUCCCUCGCCCUCUUCUUCGAGAUUGCACCGCCGCACAGAGCACACCAGAUUCCACCGGGCUCGUUUGCGUUAUUCCAGUUCCUCACCACAUACCGGCACGGGGAUGGUACCAGGAGGGUGCGUGUGGCCACAGCAGCCAGGCGAUGGGUGCACAUGGGGGGGGAGGGGGGCGCUGGCGCGGAUUCACAGGCUGUUGGGGUGGGGGUGGGGGAAGGGGAUGGGGAGUUGGUGGUGGGGGGGGUGCCGGGGGGGAGGGCAGCUGCAGCGCUGGCGGAGGUGGUGAUGGGGUUUGAUCAGGAGGCUGCAGCUGCACUCGUGGCCAAGCUAGCUGCUUUCAAGGCGGAGUCAGAGGACAUGAGUGACGUGCUGCGCUGGCUGGACCGCAUGCUCAUCCGCUUUGGAGCCAAGUUCGGGCAGUACAGCCGGGGGGACCCCUCCUCCUUCCACCUCGCCUCCGCCUUCGCCCUCUUCCCCCAGUUCAUGUUCCACCUCCGCCGCUCCAGCUUCCUCCAGGUGUUCAACCACAGCCCCGACGAGACGGCAUUCUUCCGCCUUAUGCUCACCAGAGAAGCUGUUGCUAACUCUCUCCUCAUGGUUCAGCCCGCACUGAUCGCCUACACCUUUGAGUCGCCGCCACACGCUGUGCUGCUGGACGUGUCAUCGCUGCAGCCCGACUGUGUGCUGCUGUACGACGGCUUCUUCCACAUUGUUGUGCUGCACGGCUCCACCAUCGUGCACUGGAAGCACCAGGGCUUCCAUCUCGACCCCGCACACGCAGCCUUCAGGUGCGCUUCCACCUAUUGA